AUGGCGCAAUUUUUAGUCUCAGGGACUGGAGCCUCCACAAAGAUUGUGGAGGAGAUAAAUGACAAUGACUCGAAAUGUGUUAAUGCAGAUGGAAGCGGUGGAAAUGGGCAUUCAGCUCAAAAUAACAAAGGUGUUGUUGCAAUAACAAUUGCUUCAGUGUCUGCAUUCUUUCUUAUUACUGGUUUGGUGUACUUUACAAGGAAAGGCUGCGUAUGUAAAAAGUCCACAAUGCUGUCAUCAACUGCACCCCCUGUUGCAAAGGAUGAUAUAGAGUUGUUACAGCUCAGCUUGCAGAGUAUAAUUGAUGCUACAAACGACUUUGAUGAUUUAAACAAACUCGGAGAGGGUGGUUUUGGUCCUGUUUAUAAGGGGUUUUUAUCCGAAUUUGGGAUGGUAGCAAUCAAAAGACUAUCCAAACAAUCAUCUCAAGGUCAAGAGGAGUUCAUGAAUGAGCUGAAGCUAAUUGCAAAGCUACAACAUACAAAUCUUGUGAGUCUAUUGGGUUGUUGCGUUGAAGAUGGAGAGAAAAUAUUAAUUUACGAGUACCUGCCUAAGAGAAGUCUCGACAACUUUUUGUUUGAUGCAUUUCAAAAAGAAAAUUUAGAUUGGAGCACACGCUUUCAAAUAAUAGAGGGUAUUGCUCAAGGAAUUCUUUAUCUUCACAAGUAUUCUAGACUAAAAGUCAUUCACCGAGACUUAAAACCAAGCAAUAUUUUACUUGAUGAAACAAUGAAACCCAAAAUAUCAGAUUUUGGAAUGGCAAGAAUUUUUGGAAUUGAUCAAACUCAUGCGAAAACAAAUCAUGUGGUUGGAACAUAUGGCUACAUUCCACCUGAAUAUGUAUUGCACGGGCAGUUUUCUGAAAAAUCUGAUGUAUUUAGUUAUGGAGUGUUGCUGCUAGAAAUUGUUAAUGGUCAAAAGAAUUCUAACUUUUUUCAUACUCAACUUUCAGUCACCCUCAUAGGAUGGGCAUGGCUAAACUGGAAAAAAAGACAACUACUUGAAUUUGUUGAUCCAGCAAUAAGGGAAUCAUGCGACUUUCCCAAGAUCAUAAGGUGUAUUGAAGUGGGACUUUUAUGUGUCCAAGCUAUUCCAACAGAUAGACCAACAAUGUUUGAUGUAGUUUGCAUGAUGAGCAAUGGCCCUGAAACACCAAUUCCAGCAAUUAAAGAGCCAGCAUAUGUUUUUAGCAAUUCCAUUGGCAUUGAUUCUACUUCUCUUCCAAAGUCAAGUGGUUCUAACUCUAAAAAUGAGGUUACCGUUAGUAUUCUCGAGCGUCGAUAG